AAUACAACAUUUCAGGAUUUUCUUUACAAUUUUCAUUAGUCGUUUUAUAUUUGGUGGGAGUUCACCACUCCACUACUGAGUAUAGUGAAUAUCGAAGUUUACUUGUACGAUCCGUGAACUUCAUUUUAAAACUUCAAUUUAAAACAGUGUAUAUCCACAGGAAAAUUACUUUAUUUAUUCGUGUAAAGGUAUUUUUAUUUGUAACUUUCAAAUAUGGAAAUCGAGACAGCCGGCGAUCAUGAGGAUAUUGAUGAACCAUCAAGAUAUGGUCUGAAACUCCUGCUGAAUCAUGAAUUUCCGCUUAAGAGUAAGCAAUUGAUCAUACCCAGACCGAAGCAAAUCUUUGAAAUGAUGCCUCUCUCAGCAAGGUAUCUUAAAUAUUACUUAGCAAAGAGAAUGCAGAAACGAAAGCCUAUUAUGGAUUAUGUUAACAUGAUUUCUGCUCAGAGGAUGUAUGGUUGUCCGAUUGGAGGCAUAGGGGGUGGCACUAUUGGCAGGGGAUUUAAAGGGGAGUUUUGCCGAUUCCAAUUGUAUCCUGGCCUUUAUGAAUAUGUCACAGUCCCUGAAUGCCAGUUCAUAAUAAACAUUAGGGAUGCCAAGAAAGAUACCAUUUUCCAGUCAGUUUUAUCUACUUAUAAUAAACCGAAGAAAGCACCUCAGACAUGGGAAUGGAACCUAAAUGGGUCCGAUUGUGAAUACACAGCAUUAUAUCCGAGAGCUUGGACUACUUACGACCUCACAAAAUACGGCAUAAAAUUAGUUUGUCGCCAGAUAACACCAGUCAUACCUCAUAAUUAUAAGGACAGCAGCUUGCCGUGUGCCGUUUUCGUAUUUUCAGCUAAAAAUGUCUGCAAUGAACAUCGCGACGUCAGCAUUUCUUUUACAUGGACAGAGGUUCUGGGAGAACCAAAUAAAAAGAAAAAUAUUGGUAAGCUAGACUUAGAAAGGUAUGCUGAGGAGCAUACAUGCGGCGUGACCCUAGAGCAGAAAAUAGCAGACCAGCCUUGCACUUUCACGAUAGCAAAGAAGAAACAGGAAAGCGAGACCAUCCACGACGCCUAUUGUCUAUGGAACUCGGCUAAAACUUCCCGCUAUGUUUGGGAGUGCUUAAAAAAACAUGGCAAACUAGAACCUGAUCACAAUCAAUCGGCGAAAGUGAUGGACAAUAAGAACGGAAAGGAAAAAGCUAAAAAGAUUUACAAAAAUGAUUCUAUAGCACUGUCGAGCACAAUAUCUUUAGACCCAGGGGGAUGCGGUUCAGCGGAAUUUUGUCUAGUCUGGGAUAUGCCUAUCAUUAAAUAUAAGGACUCAAAGAUACAUAAAAGAUAUUACACGAAGUAUUUUGGUAGCGAUGGUAUAGCAGGUCCCAGCAUAGCCGCUUACGCGCUUAAGAACUACGAGAAUUGGGAAAAGCAACUCUCGGAGUGGCAGGAUCCCAUAUUAAACAACAGUAACAUACCUGAUUGGUUAAAAAGUGCCUUAAUGAACGAGCUUUAUUUCAUCGCAGACGGUGGGACGAUUUGGUUCGAUGUGUCCGAUGAAUACCCUGAGACUGACCCAAGACACGAAUUCGGUGUGUUCGGAUACUUGGAAGGACACGAGUAUAGGAUGUACAACACAUAUGAUGUUCAUUUUUAUGCGUCCUUCGCGUUAGCACAGCUAUGGCCUAAUUUACAAGUGGUAUUGCAAUAUAUGUACCGCGACUCGAUAGCGUUAGAGAGCCCUAAACUGAGACAAUCAUUAUACGAUGGAAAAUCUUGUAAAUUUAAGGUUAAAGACACUGUUCCUCACGACUUGGGCGACCCGGAUGGCCUCCCAUUCACGCAAAUAAACGCGUACAACAUACACGACGUGUCCGAAUGGCGGGACCUGAAUCUCAAGUUCAUACUGCAAGUGAUGCGUGACUAUCGCCUCCUGCGGGCGUACAGCGCGCCUUUCGGCAACGAGAGGUACCGUUCCAUGGCCUUCAUAGACGACGUCCGUGAUGGAACCGAAGACGAUCUGUACUCGCGAUCUACCGGCCAAGCAGACACCGACCUAUCGCCCGAUGAGUCCUGCGACCUGUCCCCGGAACCGUCUCCUAUCCCGAUGGACCGACCGAACGGCAUGGCAGAUAUAUUGAAUUUGCUGUACAGAAGCUCGGAAGUGGUAGAGGAGUGUGGAGAAAAGGUUGAAACUCGGGAACCUGCCGUUGCUGUGUGGGAUUCUCGACAGUACCUCGCGGAUUUGUACCCAGCGUGCGCUGCCUUGUUACGACGUGGCCUUGAGUGGGAUAAGGACGGUGAUGGAUUAAUAGAAAACGGUGGUUUUCCCGACCAGACGUACGAUGCUUGGGUUAUGACAGGACCAAGCGCAUAUUGCGGUGGCUUAUGGGUAGCAGCAAUCAGUGUUGUACAUCAAAUGGCACGUAUCCUCAAGUUGGAAGACGAUGAAAGAGAAUUUGCCAAAUUGUUGGAGCAAGCUAGAAGUUCCUUGGAAAACAAAUUAUGGAAUGGCUCAUUUUAUAGAUUUGACACGAAGCCUUCUAACAGAGAUGUGGUGAUGGCAGAUCAGUUGGCUGGACAUUGGUUCCUUCGAGCUUCCGGUUGGACGGAUCAAGUGUUCCCCGAAGAGAACGUUAAGAAGGCCCUAAAUACGAUAUACGAGAAUAACGUGAUGCGUUUCCUAAACGGUCGUAUGGGCGCAGUUAAUGGUUUUGUUAGAGGAGCUCGAGGACAUGUCGACACCACUGCUUUACAAAGCGAAGAGGUGUGGACUGGGGUCACUUAUGGACUUGCCGCUGUUAUGAUUUAUGAAGGGAUGCACGAGCAAGCCUUCGUAACAGCGGGUGGGUUGCACAAUACAUUGAUGAAAAUGGGCCUAGCGUUCGAAACGCCGGAAGCUCUGUACGAGAACGGCAACCACCGAUCCGUUGCCUACAUGCGACCACUGGCGAUAUGGUCGAUGUACCAGGCCAUCUUGGCCCGACCCUGUCCCCCCGCACCGGUCAACAACGGUCAACCUCACCUCGCAAACGAAAGCAACUUAUAGUGCUAGCGAAUAUUUGUUUCCAAAUACAAGACUAAAAAAGCAACAUUUAAAAUGUUUCUCAAACCUCUACAAAAGUAUACGUUGUGCCAAGUGA